CAUCACUUGACCAUCGUAGCAAGGUGCGCCUGAAGCUUAGAAGCUCUGCAAGGCUCCGCGACGAGCAGGAAAAUGUGGAAUCAAUAGCAUACUUCCACAUCUCUCAUGCGCGGCAUUCUUCCUGGGCGUCCGCAGGCCAAGCUGCAGGCCGUCGCCCAUGGCCUGUGGGAGGGCAACCAGCUCAUUAUCUACAUCUCUGGAAACGCGUUCAUUAUCCUCGACCGCCCAAACCACGUCUUGCAGACCAUCUACAUCGACGAGGAGUUCGAGCUCGAAGCCGUCGCACUAGACAAAGGCACAGGCAAGAUCGCGACAUGCUCGACCAAGACCAUAUACAUAUACCAACCAUACGGACAAGAUGAGGGCGCUAUCAAGUGGUCGCUGCAGGGCAGCAUGGCACUCCCCAACCCAGACGACGCGAUAACGACAAUCUCAUGGGGUAUGCCCGACGAAGUACUUGUAGGAAGUGCCUCGCUCACCUUGUUCAAUACCCACGGCGCGACAGAACAGAUUUGGACGAAGCAGCUGGCUAAUCCAGUCAAGUUCGCUCACUUCUCGCCUGACGCAGAGGCUAUAGCCUCGACUGGCAGGCACGACCGACUCUUGAAGAUAUGGCGACGGCUUGCGUUUGGCUCCGCAGACCAAUGUUUCGAUCACUUUUAUCUACCCCAUCCCAUGGCCAUCACAGGUUUGCAUUGGCGCCAGCCGCACGGUGAGCAGACAGUGGACAACGUAUUGUACACGAUUUGCGCCGACCACAAAGUGCGGGUAUGGGUACCCGGGGAACAUCAUGGUGUUGACGGUAUGCAUUUGUGGGCUGAUGUGGAUCUGAUGGCAUCGAUAAAUCCGCGAUCAAUACCGCUAGACCAACAGUCAAGAAAACGAUAUGCUUUCUUUAUUGACGGGAAAUACUUCGCACAAGCAACAGAAAGAGCAAUGCAACAAGCAUCAGCAGAGGAGAAGGAUCACGGUCUUGCGCAUCAUCAUCUAAUCGAGGUCGCUAACCGCAGCCCGGAGAUAUGUGUGGUGUUGGAUGAUCAGGGAAACAUGUCGGCGUGGGGGUUUGAAAAUGUAGGGGCCAAAGCUAGGAAGCUUACGGAUGUUUUCAACAUUGCGCAUUCGGACGGCCUUCAUUUGCACUUUGCAAAGAACCCUAAAGCACUCGAAGACAAUGUCCAAUUCUAUGCGUUCAUUGGUGACAAGCCAGACUCCGAGUUCACUCUUCUAUCUCAUCAUUUCGACGGGCGCAUAGAGUGGCUGGAGUCACGAAUCGAUUACCUCUUUAACCCAUCACCGCAGACACAGCGCAUUCAGAGAAAAGCAGUGUGGACCGGACAUCUGCACGCUAUCAAGAAAGUCAAUCGGACAGCUAGCGGACGAGCGCUGGUGUCACGAACGAUAGCAGAUGAAUGCAUUGUGUGGGUACAACGACCAGCAGAGAGUGGAACAACACUCCAUCGCCAUAGCACCGUCAAGAUCACUGAGCACAUCCACCGUACAGCCUUGCUCCAGGAUGGCAACUUCGUCGUCUUUCUGCAUCAUGAACACAUCGCGUUGUGGGACACGAGAGGUCCGCUAGCAGUUGAAGUAACCCGUCGCGCAUACAAACUACAAGGUAAGCCUUUGUGCUUGCUCGUCAUUCCCGAAACGCAGACAGGUGGCCAGCUUCUGCACAUUGCAACCAUCAGCUCUGAGAUGAACUGCAUAUGUUGGGAGGUCAAAUUGCCCCUACCUGAAAGAGAUCCCAUUUCUGGUCGCAAGCUAUCAACCGUUGUUGCGACCAAUGGGCACACAAACGGAUACUCACAGGGAUCACUUGAAGAGUACUCAACAUUCGAUCUUGGAUCAGGUGAUGACCUGGCUUUCGUCCUGCCUGUAGACCCUGCGGGGACUGCGCCAGUGAUAUCGGGUUUUCUUGACACUUUUGCUCGCGAUGUCGCAAUUUCAUAUACGAAGUCUGGCGUCAUCAAGUCAUGGACUGCGCGAGUGAAUACCGAGAAGCGGAAGCUCGAGUGGCUUCUAACUUCCACUGUCGAAACUGGCAUACACAAUCCUUCACUUGCCAGUGGCACGUCGAUACGUAAAGCUGCAUUGGUAGAUGCUGAAAAGACAACACUGACAAUAUGGAACACAAGAAGCUCGCAACUUGAGUAUGAAGAGACGUUCGAAGGGAAUGGAGUCAUUCAAGAUUUGGAUUGGUCAUCUACGCCAGACAAUCAGUCAAUCCUUGCAGUAGGCUUCCCGCAUCGCGUUGUCAUUUACGCUCAGCUGCGCUACGAUUAUCUGAAUGCUGGGCCAUCCUGGGUACAGAUACGACAGAUACACAUCCGCGACAUCACACCUCACCCUAUAGGCGACUCGGUUUGGCUGGGCAGUGGUAAUCUCGUAAUUGGCGCAGGCAACCAGCUGUUUAUCCAGGACGAAGUUGUGGAGGUAUCCGAGGGACUGUUCCCUAGCCUUCGCACUAUUGCCCGCAAGACAGCUUCGAUCGAUAUUUUUGAGGCUGUCAGCAGAUUGAACGGUCCACUGCCGAUGUAUCAUCCGCAGCUGCUAUCACAGUGUGUUUUGGCUGGCAAGUUGCUGCUUGUUCAACGUGUCCUGCUACGACUGUACAAAAAGUUGAAGUUCUGGAUUGAAGGUGAGGACUUUGACAGCACUUUGGGAUUCUCAACGGAGGAUUUCUUCGAAGAUGAGACUCAUACCACUUCCUCAAGAAAAGAGAUCCGCUCGUCCUAUGCCGACUUCUCAGAUGACGGCGAGCCCGAAACUGUGACCGAGGAGGUCGCUGUCAACCUCAACGAACUUCUUACGAAGAAACAGAUACCGCUGCUCUCCAGUCGAGAACAAUUUCGUCUCGCCGACAUCGUCGAAUGCAUAGGCAUGGUCGAGAAACAUCGGCGCUCUAUUGACGAAAACGCCGGUCGCUUUUUGCUUUUCUUCAGACAGCAUGUUCUCAACGAGACGCAGAAGGGCCCAAUUUCAUGGCGAGAGAUCAUAUGGGCUUUUCAUUCCGGAAGCCAAGACAUCCUGACCGAUCUUGUGAGCCGGCACUUCAAUGGGAAAAUGAUGUGGCAACAUGCUAAGGAAUGUGGGAUAUUCAUGUGGAUGACCGACAUCAAUGCCUUGCGAGCCCAAUUCGAGAUCAUCGCCCGGAAUGAGUACACCAAGACUGACGAGAAGAAUCCUGUCGAUUGCGCACUAUACUAUCUCGCAUUGCGCAAGAAGCCAGUUUUGGUGGGCCUGUGGCGUAUGGCUACGUGGUCUAGGGAACAAGGUGCAACCCAGCGACUCCUUGCCAACAACUUCAACCAGGAUCGAUGGAAAACUGCUGCACUGAAGAAUGCAUACGCUCUGAUGGGUAGAAGGCGGUUCGAGUAUGCAGCUUCUUUUUUCCUGCUUGCAGACCAUCUGCAGGACGCUGUUAUGGUAUUGCACAACCAGUUGGGUGAUACUCAACUCGCUAUCGCAGUGGCGCGAGUGUAUGGUGGCGAUGACUCUCCUGUUCUACAAAACUUCCUAAAGGAUAAGGUCCUCCCUCAAGCUGCACGCGACGGCAAUCGCUGGCUCGCCACCUGGGCCUAUUGGCUGAUAGGCCGCCGCGACAACGCUGUCCGCUCCCUUGUCACACCGCUCUCCCUUUUGCUUAGCCCACCGGAAACACCCAAUUUCAAGAGCAAAUCAUACCUCACGGAUGACCCCGCGCUGGUGGUUCUGUAUAAGCAACUCCGCGAGAAGUCUUUACAGACUUUGCGCGGCGCGACCAUGAUUGGCAUGCGCGAGGAGUGGGACUUUGUAAUCCACACCGCGAACCUGUACGAGCGCAUGGGAUGUGACGUGCUCGCUCUGGAUCUCGUGAAAACUUGGGAAUUUCUUUUGCCCCCACCGACAAGGGUUAUGCCGGGACGACCACCGCUCAGUCCGGCUAUGCCGCGUGAGAGCUUCCAUGCUCGUGGUCCGAAUCAAUCAGCACUGGACUUCGACUUUGAUCCUAGGAAGCUGCUUAGAAGGCGGAGCUCCCUGGUUGUGGCUGACUUUCCGGUGCGUGAACACGGUAAGAACGAGCUCGCGGAACAUGCAGGGGCAGUACAGGAAGAGAAGAAUGAGGAUGAGGAGGACAAUGGCGAGGAGGCGAGAAAGGCGGAAGAGAAGGUCGAGCCUAAGAAGGAGGAGCCUAAGAAGAAACCGCCGCCUACUCAGUUCCAUGAGCCGGAUGCGAAUAGUUUGUUGGAUUCUUUUGGGUUCUAGAAUGCGAAAGUCGGGUUGAGUUUGUUAGCUGGACAUCGUCUUGAAUUGGUGGGGAUAGGUCCGCAUAGUAUGGUGUUGCGGAGGUUGAAGUCGGGUGCUGGUAUUGAACCUGGGUGUUUCAAUCUAUCAUUACUCGUCGCUGACAUAGAAUGCAGAGUCUUCGUGCAAGUAUUCGUAUGAAUUCAUGACUACAUUGCUGAGACAAGAUUCUAAGAUUUCCUAUUCAUAAUAGCACGCUUUACUUCAAGUCAUGUUCUCGUGCUAUGGCUCCCUGGUUUCCCG